AUGACGGAUAGGAAAUUAUCGAACUACGAUGGAAAUAUUGGUCGAAUUCGCUGUAUCUUUAAAAUAUCAUGGAAAUUUUAUGCUAUUUUAGCUGCCAUACUUUCGAUUACUUCAUUUGGUUUAUCAUUUGUUAUCACUUCUGCGUUCCUUAUCAUUUGUUUUAUUUUUGGAUUCGUAGUUGGUUUGUUUAAAUGGGGCUACGACAAUGUCGAAAAUCGCCAUGGAACAGUAUAUGAUGAUAUCGUAAAAAAUUAUAAAUUUUCAUGUGGCAUCAGUCGGUUCAUUGCAAAUCGUCAUCGAUUUCUGGAUAAAUCUAUUUAUGAUCAUGAACAUUCUAUGGCUCAGUCAGCAGUUCUUGAUCCAUUGCUGGAACAGAUUUUGGGAUUAGCUAUAAGAGAUUUUGUGGACAGUUGGUAUGGAAAUAUAACCACUGAUCAUUUAUUCAGAGAGAGUAUUAAAAGAUCGGCAAGGAGAACUAUCGCAGCAUUCUCGCAAUGCCUACGAAAAGUGGAUUUUGUUCCAUUGUUGACACAACAUAUUGUGGAUGAUGUUGCAUCUCAUUUACGUCUUUAUCGAAAAGCUAAAGAACGAUUUCGAAUAUCUGGCAAAUCCAAUCCUUCACAGGAAGAAUUGGAGACGAUAUUUUUUGAUCUUGAACUUGAAAUGGAAAAGAGCUAUUGCCGUGAUUUGGUGUCAACAGAUCCAAAAUAUGAAAACGGUAUCGUUUUAUUUCAUUGUCAACCUAGGCUUCUCACUUAUCUUCACGAUAUUGUUGAUAUUCUGCUUUAUCUCUUAAUGCCUAGUGAAGAUUUUCGUUCAAGACCACUGAGAUUCCUUAUAAGAGAAAUUGUGGUUUGUAGACUUUUUCUUCCUGUAUUAGACAUGUUCAGCAAUCCUGAUUAUAUAAAUCGCAUAAUCGUUUGGCUGCUUAGUGAAAUUCAAUUAAAACCGGAGGAUUUUAUAAUAACGUUGGAGAUGAGCUCGAAUAUUCAAGAAUUAGAAGCGAUUCUUGAAUCUUUAUAUGAAGAAAUAGCCUUAUUAAGAACAAAAGAUGCCGGUGGUGAACAGGGAAUAUUCGUUAAGCAGCAACUCGCAAGUGUUAAUUAUGUGAUAAAUUUAGUUAAAAGAAGGAUGAUGGAUUUAACAAAAUUUUCGAAAGAUCUCGUGAAACCAGACGAAUUGCGCAAUUCGAUGGGAAGUUCGUUGGUUCAGCUGCCAAUAUAUGUGGUAUUAACGAACAGUAUUGCAGUUGUUUAUUUUACGGAUUUCUUAACUUCGGUUGGAGGGCAAAAUUUGAUUGAUUGUUUUCUAGCUAUAGAGGGUUUCAAAAUAUCAGUGGAACACCAACAGCGUGGAUUAGCUGUUGGAGAAACUUUAGAAAAAGACGUUUACGAAACGGUUAAAGAAGCAGCCAUUUUUCUUUACCAGCAAUAUCUUUCUCAGGAGGCUAUCACCCGAGUUUCAUUAGAUGAUGCUUCAGUAAACAGUUUUUUAUCAUGCUGUCAUAAUGAUGAGCCUCCAGAAAUUUGGUUUGAAAAAGUUCAAACAAAAAUUGUUGAGAUUCUGGAAAAGGAUGAGCGAUUCUACCCAUCGUUCAAGAAAGAUCCCCUUUAUGAAAAGAUGCUUAAUAGUUUGGGAAUUAAUUCAGACGAAAUCGACCAACAAUCUGUUAGUUCUGCUUUUAGCGAAGAUAUAAAUAGCCAACCUGUUUCUUCGGAUAAGGAUGAUUGUGAAAUUGAGGGGAAGGAUACUGAUAAUUUGGUUGGAAAAAGAAGAAAAGGAAGCAUGCAAGCUGUUGUUGAGACGCUAGGGCUUGGUCAACAAGGAAAUCAAACUUUUGCUCUGUAUAAUGUUCGUGUGUCGCGAAUUGAUGAAAAUGGAAAACCAUUAUCUAGUUGGAAUGUUAUUCGUCGUUAUUCUGAUUUCCACAUUUUAAAUUCUCUUAUACAAUCGCGUUAUCCAAAGUUGAAUAAUCUCUGCUUUCCUGGAAAAAAAACUUUUAACAAUCUUGAUUCGCAUUUUCUGGAAAAAAGGACGAAGGCACUAAAUGUUUAUAUGAUGGUUAUGGUAAUAAAUGCAAUGUUUGAUCCCAUCAAAAACGGUGUGCGUGCAUUUAGUAACGUGGUAAUCGCUGUUCCGGAAUCGGUUUAUGGUGGUGUAACCAAAGUUAGUGAUGAAAUCAAUAGAGCUGCUAAGCAAAUCAUUGGAGCUCAGUCGGUUCAAAAUCAAAGUACAAAUCUGAUCGGUGAUGACGAUUCAUCUCGUGUUGCAGCAAUUUAUAACGAUCAGCAGUGGAUAGAGAGUAUACCUCUUCGUGUUUUGGUUCUAUUUAUUGAUGAAGUGUUCGGUGUUCGUGCUCGCAAUGCUUGGUUUCGUCGGAGGCUUGUAUCACUUUUGCGGCAUUUCGUGCAUGUUUCCAUGGGUUCUUCAAUAAAUCGCAAAAUUAUUGAUUUAGUACAAUGGAUUACUUCAGAACAACAAGUAGCUCAAUAUUUAAUUGCUUUUAGAAAUGCUAUUUGGCCUGGUGGUCAAUUGGCUAGUGCAGUCGAAAGCCGUCCACAUGCAACGCAAAUGCGUUCACAGUUGCUUGCACGUGCUUUACUUUUGGCAGCAUUACCUGAUGAACUUCGCCUAUUCAUUGGAGCAGAAACAACGAAUACAGGCAUUCAAACAAUUUCUGAUGUAAUUCGAAGUCGCAACCUCAAUCGCCGCCUUUUUUAUGUUAUUUUUGAACGAUUAUUGCUAACAAUUUUUCCAGAUAAUCGGUUUGAAAAAAUAUUUCCACAAUUGCAUUCAAAAAGUCCACGCUCAAAAUAUUUUUAA